CGACUCGCCCCCGUGGAAGCCAUGACAGCUCUGAGCGAGGCGCCGGAAGCGGAACUGCGUCACCCCGACGCGGAUGGCGCCCGAGCCCUCCGCGAGAGGAGAGGCUCGGCGCUCCAGCGGCUCGGAUUUCGGAACCGUCUCCGGUCGACUGCGAAGGCGUCCCCAGAUCGCACCCGGUCGUCUCACUCCCGAGCCUCGGGAAGCGCUUUCGCCUUCCGGUCUCCCCGAGACGGGCAACGGGAAGCGGAAGUCACUUCCCAGCCACUUCCGCAAGGGGCUGUCAUGGCUGCCCAGGAGGACGUAGCUGCCUUGCAGGACGAGAUUGCUCGGCGCGAGGAAGAGCUGGCUUCGCUCAAGCGGAGGCUGGCCGCAGCCCUAGCGCCGGACCCCGAGCCCGAGCCCGAGCCCGAGCGUCCGGUCCCGGUCUGGCCGCUGCCGCCCAGGGCCGCGCUGUCGCGGGAGGAGAUCCUACGCUACAGCCGCCAGCUGCUGCUGCCGGAGCUGGGCGUGCGCGGUCAGCUGCGCCUGGCCUCCGCCUCGGUGCUCGUGGUGGGCUGCGGCGGGCUGGGCUGCCCGCUGGCCCAGUACCUGGCGGCGGCCGGCGUGGGCAGGCUGGGCCUGGUGGACCACGACGUGGUGGAGACGAGCAAUCUCGCUCGCCAGGUGCUGCACGGGGAGGCGCAGGCGGGCCGCAGCAAGGCCCGGUCGGCGGCCGCGGCGCUGCGCCGCCUCAACUCGGCGGUGGAGUGCGUGGCGUACGCGCGCGCGCUCAGCGGGGCCUGGGCGCUCGACCUGGUCCGGGCCUACGACGUGGUGGCCGACUGCUCCGACAACGCGCCCACGCGCUACCUGGUGAACGACGCGUGCGUGCUGGCCGGCCGGCCGCUGGUGUCGGCCAGCGCGCUGCGCUUCGAGGGACAGAUGGCCGUCUACCACCACGACGGCGGGCCGUGCUACCGCUGCGUGUUCCCGCGGCCGCCCCCGGCCGAGACGGUGACCAACUGCGCGGACGGCGGCGUGCUCGGGCCAGUGCCCGGCGUGCUAGGCUGCGUGCAGGCGCUCGAGGUGCUCAAGAUCGCCGCGGGGCUGGGGGCCUCGUACAGCGGCAGCAUGCUGCUCUUCGACGGCCUCGGGGGCCACUUCCGCCGGAUCCGGCUGCGGCGCCGCCGGCCGGACUGCGCCGUGUGCGGUAAGCAGCCCACCGUGACCUGCCUGCAGGACUACGAGGCCUUCUGCGGCUCGUCGGCCACCGACAAGUGCCGCGCCUUGAAGCUCCUGGGCCCCGAGGAGCGGGUUUCUGUGGCCGACUACAAGCGAGUCCUGGAUUCCGGGGCGCCCCACGUGUUGCUGGACGUGCGGCCUCCGGCGGAGGUGGACAUUUGUCGCCUGCAGCACUCCCUGCACAUCCCCUUGAGUCAGUUGGAACGCAGGGACGCAGACAGCCUGGCACUCUUAGGGGCUGCGCUCCGGAAAGCGAAGCAGGAUUUGCAGGAAGGGGCUGCCCUCCCCGUGUACGUGAUUUGCAAACUGGGGAACGACUCCCAGAAAGCCGUGAAGGUCCUGCAGUCCUUAAGGGCAGUGCCAGAGUUAGACUCUCUAAGUGUGCGGGACAUUGUGGGGGGACUCAUGGCCUGGGCUGCCAGGAUUGAUGGGACAUUUCCACAGUACUGAGGGGACAGGACAGCACGUGGUGCGUGUGGAUGACGAUUGUGAUGCCUGAAUGAUCUAUUCAAGCUUUUUAAAUAAUGUAGGGAAGAGCCUGGGUUCACAGUCUCUGAAUAAAUAAACUCUUGAUUUAUUUUUGCAAGUA